CAUAUGCAUCGUGAACAAUCCUUGCGAUAAGGGAGAUUGUGUGAGCACAGGCAGCAUGCAGUACUCGUGUUCCUGUUACAUGGGAUACAGUGGAGAGUUGUGUAACAUAGAAAUCAAUCCUUGUAAUAGCAGCCCAUGCCAAAAUGCGGGAACAUGCACAAAGCUAUCAUUCGCCUAUUAUAUGUGCAACUGUGUAGAUGGGUAUAGUGGUACAAAUUGCGAAGUCAGUGCGAAUCCUUGUACUAUAAACCCAUGUCUCAAUGGCGGUGCUUGUGUCAAGCUUAGUGUUUCUGAGUAUCAAUGUAUAUGCGAAGGAAGCUGGGUGGGGACAAACUGCGAAACAAUUCAGAAUUCUUGUCUCAGCUCGCCUUGUCUCAACUCAGGAACUUGCAACAACUUUAUCAACAGCAAUGCCGUUUCAUAUUAUGUAUGUACGUGUCCCACUGGCUGGACAGGAACUAGGUGCGACGUAUCCACUUUUGACCCGUGUGCCAGUCAGCCAUGCCAGAAUAAUGGUCAGUGUUUCAAAAAUACCGAUUCAUUUUUUUGUAUGUGCGCUUCCGGUUGGAGUGGUACUACCUGUACAAUAAGUAAGUAUUGUAUUUGCAUUUAUUCCAAUCUUUGUGAAAAGGGGCUUAUGUGUAAACACAUGACUACAAAAAGCACAACACUGCGAAUACACGUCUGCCAAGAAUACAACACUGCGAAUACACGUCUGCCAAGAAUACAACACAGCGAACACACGUCUGCCAAGAAUACAAAACACCCAAUACACGACUGCCACGAACACAACACAGCGAACACAUGACUACAUAAAGCACAACACAGCGAGCACACGUUUGCUAAAAAGACAAAACGUCGAACACAUGACUGCCAAGUACACAACACAGCGAACACAUGACUACAUAAAGCACAGCACAGCGAACACACGACUGCCAAGAAGACAACACAGCGAACACAUGACUGCCAAGUACACAACACAGCGAACACAUGACUACAUAAAGCACAACACAGCGAACACACGACUGCCACAAACACAACGCAGCGAGCACACGUCUGCCAAGAAGACAACACAGCAAACACACGACUGCCAAGAAUAUAACACAGCGAACACUUGACGGCAAUGAACACAACACAGCAAACACUUGAAUGCAAUGAUUACAACACAGCGAACACGCGACUGCCAAGAAUGCAACACAGCGAACACGCGACUGCAAUGAACACAACACA